AUGGAUAAAAAGAAAAGAAAAGGCGGCGCUGCUCGUCUGCGUGAAAGCAAAAAAAAAAUGCUACUUGUAGCCGGUUCUUCCUGUCAUAGUUUAGUCAGUAUGUUUAAGAAAGCCGAAUUUAAUCAGAUGGAAAUAACUGAAUCUGAUAAUUCUAAUUGUGAUGCAGGGGUAGAUGCUAAAACUCAAAUUAUUGAGCCUAAUGAUGAAUUAAAUGUGUCCAAUGAUAAUGAAUUUAAAGACUUGCAAUCUUCUAGUCAAACUGUAUUAAAUACAAGUACAAAUUAUAUGAUUGAUAAUAUUGAGCCUGUUGAUGAAUUAAAUGUGUCCAAUGAUAAUUUCAGUAUUAAAUCAAAUAACAUUACUCAAGAUGUUUCUGAUAUAUCACAUACAAAGUAUGAAGAUCCAGUACAGCCAAAUCUAUGUAUUUAUCCCAGGAAUAGUGUAAAUAGAUCAUUUAAUUCUAAGGGACAUGAUGAAUCUAAUGAGUCAACCAAUCGUGGAAAUUUUAUUGAGUUGCUAAAUACGUUUACUGAUCCUGAAACUAUAACUAAAUUAUCUGCUAGAUAUGGUCACUAUACUUCUCCGGAAUACCAAAAUGAUUUGAUCAAGACUAUAGCUUCUAGUACUAUGAAAAAUAUUAUUGAAAAAAUUGCUUUCACUGGAGCUUAUUCCAUACUUGUUGAUGAAACGAAAGACGCAAGCAAAAAGGAGCAGUUAUCAUUCAUUAUUAGAUUUGUUGAUGACAACUUAAAUAUCCAUGAAAAAGCAAUUGGUUGCUAUCAUAUGAAGAAAUGUGAUGCCUAUACUUUAAGUCAAGAAAUUCUUAAUAUUGCUGCCCAUAAUAAGUUAGAUAUACAAAAAUGUGUAGCACAGUGUUAUGACGGGGCAUCAGUUAUGAGUGGACUAUUUUCAGGAGUUCAAAAAAGAAUAGUAGAUAUUGUGCCACAUGCUAUCUAUAUUCACUGCCAUGCUCACCGUCUUAACUUAUGUUUGGUGAAUACAAUUCAAAAUAAUAAUAUUGUAGUUGAUUUUUUUGACACAGUUCAAUCACUGUAUAAAUAUUUAAUGAAUGGGCAUACACGAUAUGAGUUAUUUAUGAAAAUUCAAAGAGACAAGAAACUAAAAGAAAUACAUUUAGAACGUCUGGUAGAAACUCGGUGGUCCUAUUGGCAUUCAUCUCUUAAAAAAAUUCAAAUACGGUAUAGUGAAAUUAAAGAUGUAUUAAAAGUAUUAACAGUUCAAGAUGAUCAAGCAGCCAGAGCUAUAGGUUUACUUGAAGAAAUAUCAACUUUUCGGUUUAUUUUAAUUUUGUAUAUUAUGGAACAAAUUUUGAGCACUAUUCAUUGUGUAUCAUGUCAACUUCAAUGUUCUACAAUUUUAUUACCUAAAGCUAUAAAUUUAGUAAAUUCAACAAAAAAUCAACUAAUAAAUCUACGGUCUGAAGAAAAUUUUACAUAUAUUUAUAAUGAAGCAAAAAUAUGUGCUAUAAAGAACCAAGUAACCAUAGAAAAAGAAGAAGAAAGAAAUAUUCGCCUCAGAAAAAAAUAUGAACCAUCAAAAAAAUUUGAAGACUUUUUUAUAAUGAGUACUUUAGGUCAAACAGGAACUAAGCAAGCAAAACAUAAUGGGAAAAAUGUAAAAACUGAUGUUUUGUUCAAUGUCAUAGAUAGGUAA